AUGUCAGUAUUAGGACAGGUCUCGACGUUGUCCCGCAGCACUCGCUUUAUCGAAGAAGAUACACUGGUUGCCUAUGGAGCACAGCAUGUGGUGGGAGACAGUGCUCAAAUGCCGACCCAACAUCGGCGCGCCCGCUUCCCCAUCCUUCCAAUAUCGCGAAGGGACGAGCUCGUUCCGAUAUUCACCUGUUCACCCUGGAAAAGCUACGACAAAAAGUACCGAAUCCAGUUUGGCUACUCAUUCGGGGUUGUUACUGCCCGUGACUCACAUGAGACUUGCUUGAUUCGGUCAAUCACCGGCCAGAACAUCGAAGAGCAGAUACUACACCUUCGACAGAUAUGCCACCCUAACAUCCUCGUGGCUAUGGAGAUAUUCAUAUAUCCUAAGGAAGACUGCUUCCUCAUAUCUGAGUUCAUGCACACGACUCUCCUGCAUCUAUGUCGGGCACCAGUCUAUCCGAGCGAGCAACAGCUCAGCUCCAUUCUGCAUCAGGUCCUCUCCGGGGCCGUUUUUCUCCUGGAAAGCGGUUUAGUUUACGAAGAGCUCUCUGUCGCGGAUGUAUUAAUUAACUUGGAAGGAGAAGUUAAGAUUGGUGACGUUAAACGUUGCCGUCGGGGCGGUGACACUGCAAAGCUCUUAGACUCGUUUGGACGACUAGCGAUGAAAUUGAUGGAGAAGGAGAAGACUGAGGAUACAGUUCCAGAAGCCAUCGAGAUCUUUACAGCGGCUAACUCGAAGCCUGAUCUUAAAGAACUACUUGGUCAUUCGUUCAUGAAGAAGAGGGAGCAGAAAGAGCUGAAGUGGCUAGUCCAUUCUGUUCUUAUCACUGCCUACUAUAGUCGAGAGGAGAUUUAA